UUUGGCCACCAAAUCAUCCAGGCAAUGCACGUCGUAGAUUGUAAGCUUCUAAGGGAAUCGCAUAGGAAUCGAUGGCAUAUAUAAGCUUUUAAGUUCAUAUCCUUAGCCUCACAUCAUCCUCGACAAGUCGUAGCUGAAAAUGCCUAAUUGGAAGCGAUGUUCUGGGGGCCCCUCGACCAAAUCUGUCAAAGACCAAACCGCUGCGACGACACGAGUCAAACCAGUCGGGGGACCAGCUGAUAGGUUCCUCGAUGCUAUUGCUGAACGUCGGAGUGUAUACGCCCUGACGAGGAAGUCCUCAAUACCGAAUGAACGUGUUGUAGAGAUAGUUCAGCAUGCUGUCUUACACACCCCCACUUCGUUUAAUUCUCAAUCGAACCGCGCCGUUGUCCUCUUUGGAGAGAACCACAUGAGGCUUUGGGGCAUCGUCGCCAAGUCUUUAAAGAAAAUACUUCCUCCAGAGCAAUUCGAAGGAACGGUGGGGAAAGUGCGUUCCUUCCAGGCGGGUUAUCUCACGAUCCUGUAUUUCAUCGACACAAAAGUUGUCAAGGAACUCGAAGAACAGUACAAAACAUACGCAGAAAACUUCGUGCCAUGGGCCCAGCAAUCCAGCGGGAUGCUCCAAUCCAAUGUUUGGGUUGCCUUAGAGAAGGAAGGACUUGGUGCUAGCUUGCAACAUUACUCUAACCUGAUCGAGGUAGAAGUCAAGAAAGUGUAUAACAUACCCCAAGAGUGGAGUUUGAUUUCUCAGCAGCCGGUUGGAGUUCCUGCUGAAGGCUGGAAGGCACCUGAAAAGGACUUUAAGCCUCUCGAGGAGACCGUGAAAGUCUUCCAUUAAACUAUAUGGAUGAUCGUUCAUAUUCCCAUUUACACUACUUGUCUAAUUGUCUUCA